AUGCCGGAGGGAAGGUCCGUUCCCCAAACUUUGCAAACGAAAACCCAGACCCUUCCAUUUCCAGUCCCCCUAGAAAGAAGCAGGAUACUGCCGAGUGCGGGGCACAGGAAGAUGGAGAGAAGGGGGCGUUUGCGGGGAUGUGCUUUAGCUGAAAAAGGUGUUUCAGCUGCUUUUCUUUUUCUGAUUGGGGGGCGGGGGUACCAGGGAAGAAGACUGUAGAAUGGAGGGAGCGUGAUCCAGCGCUUCAGCUGUGGUCACGGACAGAGGCGGAGUGGGAUGUGGUUGCUGUGGUGCCCCCUUGGGAAUGGGACUUAAGGGGACUGAAGCCGGCCAGGGAAGAGGAGUCUGGAGGGGAAGGGAAGAGAAGGCAGUACUGCGCACCCGGAGCCCGCUUGUUCGGCGCUUGGGGGUGGGUGCUGGGAAGGGUGGGAUGCACAGGAAGACAUCCACUAAGAGGGCGAAGGAAGGAGGCGAGUCGGUGCUCUGGGAAGCGGGGACCGCGUUCCCAGGCGGCUGUGUGUCUGUUCCAAUUAGAAAGUUGUGGAGGGCCGAGGAAGGCUGCCUUAUCUGCUGAGUAAUCUGUCUCUCCGCGGUGCCGGCGCAGACCCCCUCCCAGCGAGUGGCGCGGCGCGAAAGCUGGCGGCUCGGCCUGGUGCCUUGAGAGAGGAAAAGGGCGCGCGGACACGCGUUCCAGGCGGGGCCAGAGAGGAUCUCCUGGGCACCGCUCGCUUCCUGGCCGGCUUGCUUGUCCGCGGUUGCUCUCUCAGCCCUUCGCUCGCGCGUGCAUCCCCUCCCGCACCAGGGAGUAGUUUUGGGUGGCGUGGGCUCGUCCUCUUCUUUCCUGGUGGGAACGGUUGCCCAAGAGAGGAAGCCUGGUGGGCCCGGCCCCUCCCAGCCCAGCGCCGAUGAGUGCCAGGGCGCCCAAGGAGCUGAGGCUGGCGCUGCCGCCGUGUCUCCUCAACCGGACCUUUGCUUCCCCCAACGCCAGCGGCAGUGGCAACGCGAGCGCCCGUGGCGCGGGCGGCAGCGGCGGCGGCACCUGCAUCACGCAGGUGGGACAGCAGCUCUUCCAGUCCUUCUCCUCCACGCUGGUGCUGAUUGUCCUGGUCACCCUUAUCUUCUGCCUCAUCGUGCUGUCCCUCUCCACCUUCCACAUCCACAAGCGGAGGAUGAAGAAGCGGAAGAUGCAGCGGGCGCAGGAGGAGUACGAGCGGGAUCACUGCAGCAGCAACCGCGGCGGCCGGGGGCUGCCACCGGUGGGCGGCCAGGCCCCCACCCAUGCGAAAGAAACCCGGCUGGAGAGGCAGCCCCGGGACUUGGCCUUCUGCGCCCCCUCCAACGCUUCCUCUUCGUCUUCGGCCCCUGGUCUUCCACGCCAGGGUCCCUGUGCCGCUCCACCUCCCCCGCCGGCCCCCAGCCCGCAAGGAGCACACGCGGCCUCCUCCUGUUUGGACACAGCUGGCGAGGGCCUUUUGCAAACGGUGGUCCUGUCCUGAUUGUUUAGCCCCCUCCUUCCCCUUCCUCAUUUCCAGCAUCUUUGCCGUCCUUGCUUUUUUUCCCCCUCCAUCUUUCUUCUUCCACUUUUCUCUGCCCCCCCCCCACCUCUUCUUUCCCUGUCUGCCCUCCCCUUACUCUGUUCCUCCUCCGCCGAGGCACUGUGCGGCAUUUGUAAAUACUGGGCGAGGAAAGUCUCAAGAAAUAGCGCUGAUAAUACUUUAUUAUUAAUAUUUAUAGUAAUUAUAUACUAAUAACACAAUCCAAGCGCAUGACAAAUCACCUAAUUUCUCAUUGUUGAUGAAGGAUGCGUCUUCCCUCUCCACCCUGCACCCC